ACAUCAGCGAAGGCCUUAGCGUUCCCAAAGUAACAGGCCUUCUUUGCCACAACCUCACUGUUUUCCACUGCUGUUCCUUUUAAUCUUCAAUACAACGCUGCAUUUGCCGAAAUAUCAACUCUUCUAGGGUUGAGCCCGCUAUAUCGUCUCCGCAAUGGCGUUACGGAACAUUUUGGACUGAGUUUUCUUUGACAAGCACAAUUGAUGACUGGAGAAAGGACCAGGUUUUUUUUGGUGGAUGCGCUUUUAAGAUCAUUCUAACUUGAUAAAAGGAAGCAAUUUUUCUCUAGCUUGCGUGGCCGUAUACUCUGUGAACUACUAUUGCUGCGUGAAUGCGAAGACUUCGUAGCCCUCAUGGGCUGUGCUCCUAGCAUUCACGUAUCACAGAGUGGAAUAGUUAUCCGUGAAGAGAUUAGAGAAGGUUCAAGUCCGAGACCUCGCGCGUCCUCUCCCAGCGAAAUUGGUGUCGGCCAUCUUCGAUCCAGCUCCGAUUCUGGUUCCCACAUCUCGACUUCUUCGUCUUCGCGGUAUCGUGGGAGCUAUAAACGUAGCCACUACUCGGCCAGAGGAAGUUCCAUCGAAGCAGAGACCCAAACGCAAGAUCAAGGCAUUAUGGAUGCUUUCAAGACGGAGAAAAAAGGACUCUCACUUGGCCCAAUGAAGCUUUUCCAACCGACAAUGCAGAUUAUGUUGGUAUUUGCUAAAGAGGAUGCUCAAACAGAGAGCUUUCUUCAAGCUGCGGAACGUGGUGGUUACAAUUGCAGCGUCUGCAAGACAUCCGAGGCUGCCAUGGAACUAUUCCUAAAUAAUCAACCCGAAGUAAUUUUUAUUGAUAUGCGGGACACUACCCCAAUAGAUGGUGAAAAGUUAUGUAGAAAUAUCAGGAACAUAAGAAUGACUCGUGCAAGUGAAAAUUCCUCCAUUAUUGCUGUUGUAAAACAAUGCCCAAGAGGUACCGAUGAGCCAUCAUUUGUUCCUCUUAUGAAAACAGGUUUUGAUAGGCGGUUUGUAGAAAAUGCAAACGUUGGUGCCUGCUUCAAUGAGUUGCAAAUGCUUGAGCAUGGAGAAGUGUGCUCCCUUUUCAAGCUGAGGGCUGCUACUUGCCUGUUAAUGGCUAUUGAGCAUAGCCAUGAUGCGGUGGAGAUAACGCGCUUAGACCAAGACAAAGCAGAUUAUCAAGUUCAUGUGGAGUAUGUAAAUCCUGCCUUUGAAAAAAUGACUGGGUAUUACAGACAAGAGGUCAUUGGACAUUGGCGAAACCUGAUGUACACAGACCAGAGGCAACCAGAACUGUAUGAGGCUAUUCACUCACAGUUGAAAAAGGGCAAGACAUGGGAAGGAUCAUGUAUGGGGAAACGCAAAAAUGGGGAACAGUUUCUACAGAAUGCACAUAUUAUCCCUAUUAUCGGAAAAGGGGGCAAAGUCUCCCACCAUGUUACUGUAAAAAGAGAGCUAAAGGAGGCAAACUCACUGAAUCAAGUCAACAUGAACAUGAAUGUAAACAUGCAUAUGGAAUCGCCUGGAACAGGUACUGGCCAUAAGGAUCAAGUAGACUAUAGUAGUUCAUUAGCUAAUGGCAAUCUCCACCGUAGACCGUCCAUGACAGCUAGAAUAGAGGCACCCAUUACAAAGGUUAUUAACAUGUUAAAUGCUGCACAAGAAAAUAGCCCAUUAUCAGUUGUUCAAGCUUUGGACAGAGUUGUGGAAAUCUUAAGAACUGCUGAGCUCUACUCGCCUGUAUUUUCGGGUAAUCUUGCUGCUGAAGAUGACGUCAUGGCAAAUGAUCUGGUUGGGGGUCUAAUGAGUAAUGGGAGACGGAGAAGUGGCUGUGAUUUACCUAGAACAAGUCACCCCUUCCACCCAGUAAAGGAGCCGUCACAAGGUAGUGGUCGGGCUGUGCCUAUAGGUCACCUACCUGAGAUCCCUGCCGAGGUUAGCAACGCAAUGGUUGAUGAGGCUGAUUGGGACUUUGAUAUUCUCAAGCUUGAAAAAGCCUCCAAUCACAGACCUCUGUACUUUUUGGGCCUGAAAAUCCUGAACAGAUUUCGAGUCUGUGAAAAACUAAAUAUCUCCGAGGACUACGUCAAAAACUGGCUUCAGCUAAUAGAGGCCAAUUAUCAUCGUAAAAAUGCUUACCAUAACUCGACCCACGCAGCGGAUGUGUUACACGCGACGGCUGUGUUCCUCGCCAAGGAGAGAGUCAAGGCUGUCCUUGAGCCCCUAGAUGAGGUGGCGUCUCUCAUCGCUGCAAUCGUCCAUGACGUCGACCAUCCUGGAUACACCAACUCGUUCCUGUGCAAUGCGGGAAGCGAGCUCGCUAUUCUGUACAAUGACAUUGCUGUGCUGGAGAGUCAUCACGCCGCUCUUGCCUUCAAGCUGACUGCUAGGGACGACAAGUCCAACAUCUUCAGCAAUUUAGACGUUGAGGAGUUUCGCACUGUACGGCAGGCAAUCAUCGACAUGGUCAUGGCCACAGAGAUGACACGCCAUUUCGAGCAUCUCUCGAAGUUCGUGAACAGUAUAAACAAAAGACGCUCGUCCAGUAUGGAUGAAGUCCAUUCCGUGCAUAGCGGUCGAGGUACACCUGACUCAAAUACCUCCACGAGUACAGCUCUGAACACGCCUGAGAACCGCACGUUAAUAAAGCGAAUGCUGAUCAAGUGUGCAGACAUAGCUAACCCGGCACGCCCCAGAUACCUGUGCAAGGAGUGGGCAUAUAGGAUAGCAGAGGAGUAUUUCUCUCAGACGGACGAGGAGAAAAGACGAGGUCUCCCGGUAGUAAUGCCUGUCUUUGACAGAGCGACGUGCAAUGUUCCCAGAUCACAGGUCUGGUUUAUUGAUUAUUUCGUCAGUGACUUGUACGAUGCAUGGGACGCGUUUGCGUACGUGCCGGAGACAAUCCGUCACCUGACCGAUAAUUACGAUUACUGGAAGAAAGCCGCAGACGAAUUAGACGCUACUCGAGGUAGCACUGGUAGUACGGCUGGUAGCACCACAAGUCCGACUGCAACCCUCUCCACUGUCGGCAGCCCCGCGAGCGCCACUCUGAACACGGCAUCUACUGUGUCGACAACCUCCACCUCCGCACUCUCCUCCGACGCGCCUUCUUCAUCCAUGACGUCACUUCAGUCGUCAUAGUAACGCAUCGAUCGUCGUUCUCUGCCAUUUUACUGCCGAAACGCUGCGACCCUGUCGCCCGAGACGUUGCCAUGACAAUUGUCACCCAGUUAUCAGGUUUAUGCCUCAGUAUGGUUCUCUUGGCAACGGUUCAUGUUGGUAUACCUUAAGCUGUUCAGUCGUAUUUGUCAUCGCUCGUUGCGGUGUUCAUAUUGCGAGCGGAGGUGCCCAGGCGCGUCACGAAUCCCCUUUGACUAUUUAACGAAACCUAUAGCAGAUUACAGAUAUACUAUCUAUAUUGUAAAUAACCUUUUGACCGAAUGAAAGAUAUUCUCUAGAAAUAUAAGCUAUAUGAUAUUUAUUUGGCGCGUCAAGUGCAAAGAUUCUUAAGUCUUAUGGUCUCUCGUCGAGAUCGAUGCAGUCCGCCUUCUCCUGAGGGGGGAGGGGUUAAGAGCUGGUCAGCAUAUGGGCCACAACCCAGAGGCCACCCAUGGUGAUGGCCGGUCCACCACACUCCAAGUCUCAAAUCUCAUUUGCUCGCGUCCCGAGAUCAGAAGGGGUCACGCAACUGAAUCUUAGCAACAUAACUCGAUAUUCUGUGUUUUAUCCAUCUUUGUUUAGGAACCACAUUUGUCGUUGUGGAUAAAAUAUUUUUCAACUUUUGGUAUUCAAACUUUUACAAUGCAACACGCGCUACCUCGAUCACCUUGAAGAAACAGUGAAUAAACAUGCGCGCGUCGCAUUGUAAUGGUGUGAGUCAUGCGCAAGUCUUUUUUCUGCAACAAAGUAUUGCUUGUGUCCUUGUAGCUACUCUAAUUUCUGUCACGCAAAAAUUUGGAGAACAAACGACUUGGCUAAUCCUCAGCUUGACGGGUCCCAAAUUGGCUUCCUUGAAGGCUAUAGCAUUGCGUGACUCGGUACAGCUAGAAUUGUGUUGCGUGACUAUUGUUAGUACAUUCAUGAAAUUCAGUACUUUGAGAUGGGGGGGGACUGAUUUUGUGAGCGUGUUGCUGCUACGGCAUGUGAUACUCGCGUUUGAUCGGCACUACAAUAUUGAGAACCUAAGUGAGUGUGCUACCGGACUUUAAAUGCCAGUUAGUGACAUAACUAGUGCGCGCACCCUGUUUAGCCCGACAUAACGACAUGGACAUAAUGACAUCAAAGAAAAAAAACAUGUUUUUUCUCUUAUGUCGUUAUGUCGGGCUUAUGUCAAAUUGUCAAACCAUUCACACGUGAACAUGCGAAGAUAAGAGUGCGCGCGCUCAUGUCGUUAUGUCACUAGUGUGCAUCAUGCAUUACCAACGUGAAAUAUGUCCCCCGUUAACUUAAUUUUUCUUUUUCUUUUUCAAUAUAUGCGGCAGUGUAUGUACUUGGAAAGUUUCGAGUCAAAUUUAUAUUUCACGAAAAGAAAGAUACUUUUGAGACAAAAAGUUCACAUGCGCUAGCAGGAUUCUCGAGAUGUGCGCCAAAUAUUUAUAUAGUUUCAGCGUUUUGUUGGGCAAAUGUUUAACGUGGCAGACUGGUAAAAUGAUGGAGAAUCGAGUUAUUUGAUCUACUGAAGCUGAUAUUACAGGCUUGGGGUGUGGUGAAUGGGGCGAGCCACUGCUGACAGCCAGAAAUUAUAUUUCCCAUUUUGCGCGGAGAUGUAACUGUCAAUGAUAGCGAUAUGAUGAUUUUUACGUUGGACUGUUAGCCGUGCUUUAUUCUCUUAGACAAAACUUGGGUAUGAGAAAUAUUGUCUCCAAGAACAUAAGUCUUUUCUUCUGCCUUUCUAUUCGCUUAUAUGCCCGUCUCUGUAAAUCCGGCUGUCAGUGGGACUACAGGCAAGCUGUUAAAUAAUAAUGUCUUUCUGUCUCUCUUUGUGUGGUUCCCUACUCCAAAAUUUUGCAAAUGAAUUAUUAGUUUAAGAUUCAUGAAACUCCCUUAUAAAAUAAUCUAUACCAAUAGAUAGAAAAAUUCGAUUUUAUUGUACAAAGAAAUGAUGAUUUUAAGUUCUGAAAGCUUUCUUUAAGCAGGGUGACCCUGCGGUAAUAAAGUUUGUAGGCCGCAUGA